GAUAAGCAAUUAUGGAUUUAUGGUUAAUACUCGGAAAUUGAAAUUCUCAGGCGAAAACGCAGUAUUUGGCUUACCUGAAACAGGACUUGCUAUAAUCCCUGGAGCUGGUGGGACACAGAGGCUCUCGAGGCUGGUUGGGAGAUCGGUAGCAAAGGAACUUAUAUUCACCGGUCGAAAGAUUGAUGCAAGAGAAGCUGCAACUAAAGGGCUUGUGAACCUUUGUGUUACGGCAGGUGAGGCUCAUGAGAAAGCAAUUGAAAUGGCACAGCAGAUAAAUGAAAAAGGUCCAUUGGCUAUAAAGAUGGCGAAGAAAGCGAUUAAUGAAGGAAUAGAGACGCAUAUAAGUUCGGGUUUGGGGGUAGAAGAGAUGUGUUAUCAGCAGCUUCUUCAUACUCAAGAUCGUCUUGAAGGAUUAGCUGCUUUCGCCGAGAAGCGCAAGCCUCUUUACACUGGCAAGUGAAAACCGCACCUUGCAAGUGAAUGAGUCAUCAUUAGAGUCCAAUCAACUUUAGUUUCAAUAAGCAUUGAAUUGGAUGUUUAUAACCCGAAUGGUUUAGGAUUAUAAUUAUGUGUGUAUGUCACAGUAAGCAAGGAAACACUUAAAUAUCACUGCUUGUGUUUGUGCAUAAGGAGAGAAAAAACAAAAAGGAGGAAAGAGCACACAAGCUAGAAUACUAAAGUUGGUCAAAACUUAAAACUA